GGUGGCAGAACUCCAGGAGUUUUGAAGUUUGUCCCAUCCCAGCCUUGAAUUCAGCACCACAGCUCCUCUGGUUUGAGACCGUGAGGUUGUCUGUCUCCUUCUCUCUCAACCAUUUCCUCCCUUCUCUUAGGACCCCUCUCUCUACACAUCUCUUAUCAGUCACGUUAUCACUGCCUUGCUCAGCAGCCUUCCUUUGGGAGGUGCUGGAAAAGCCAGCAAAGGGACUUUACCAGGAGGAUAAUGACCAAAAGUCCAGCUCACAUUUUACAUUUCACACUGAACUGACUCAUUUUUCUUCAAAAACAAAUAGAGUGGAGUACAUCUACUUCAGCUCAGGGUGCCCCCUUUUGCUGUUUUGGUGAUAGAAGAUGGGGAGGCAUCGGUUGUUACCACUAUGUGCCCUCCUGGGCGUCCUGUUCGCAGGACUCCUCCCUAAUCUUGAUGCUCAGGAAGAUUGCACACAAGGGUUGGCAGCUGAUAUAUACUUUCUAGUGGAUUCAUCAUGGAGUAUGGGAGAGGAGAACUUUGAGCAUGUCAGACAAUUUCUGUACAGCUUGACACACGCACUGCACCAGGUUGGAGGGGACAGGUUUAAAUUUGCCCUUGUGCAGUACAAUAACAGGCCUGAAACUGAGUUCCAGCUCAACAGCUACCCAACAACACAGGAAGUCCUGGCACACAUCAAAGCUAUGUCUUACCGUGGUGGUGGCACCCGAACUGGCCUGGGCCUGGAUUUCCUGAUUCAUGCACACAUGACCACUGCUUCGGGCAGCCGCGCUGUUGAAGGAGUGGCCCAGGUGGUGGUGGUGCUAACCGACGGGCGCUCCCAGGAUGAUGUGGCCAAGCCAGCUCAGGUGCUUCGGCUGGCAGGCGUGGAGGUGUUUGCAGUUGGAGUUCAGGAUGCGGUGGACUCGGAGCUCAGGGAGAUGGCUAGCCAGCCCCAUGACACUCACGUUUUUAAUGUAGACUCUUUUCUGAUCUUGCGGGAUAUAAUUCAAGAUUUAGUAGUGGGGCUUUGCGGAGCAGUGGCCCAGUCAGGGAGUGCUCCAAACGAGGCCCCUGUGGCUGGAGGAGGGACAGCGCAAGAUUCAGCUGACCUAGUAUUCUUAAUUGAUGGAUCACAGAACGUUGGAGCAGCAAACUUCCCCUUAGUGCGUGAUUUGGUUUUAAGAAUCGUUGAGAACCUUGAUGUGGGCAGGGACACUGUUCAGGUGGCCUUGGCCCUGUACGGCGCCAACCCAGAGAUAAAGUUCUAUCUAAAUAGCUAUGACAGCAAAGCAUCCAUCCUGGAAGCUGUGAAGGGCCUCACCUACUCAGGGGGUGACAAAUCUAACCUUGGGGCUGCCUUGGAGGAAGUGGCUGAAAACCUAUUGAGCCAAAGAGCUGGGGGCAGGGCAGACGACGGUGUGCCCCAGAUGUUGGUGGUUUUCAGUGCUGCGCCAUCCACUGAUGAUACUAGUGCUGGUGACCGGGCCCUUAAGAGGGCCGGCGUUAUCACAUUUGGCGUUACGAUUGCUGACACUGCCACUGCAGAUCUGGAAGCAGUUGCUACAGAUAGAAGUUUUGUCCUGUCAGCCCCUGAUUUCAGAGCAGUGGCAAACAUGGGUGACCAGCUGCUCCAAUUCAUUAACGGGGAGGUCGAGAGCACCAAUAUUAAUCAGAAUGAGUUCACAGAAGUCAUUGCAGUCGGCAAACGAGACAUCAUUUUCCUAGUCGACAGCACAAUGGGUUCACAGGCUGUCAACUCUGCACGUGAAUUCGUCAGAAUGUUUGUCAAAACGAUGCCAAUUGGUCCAGACGAAGUUCAAGUGGGUAUGGCCAUAUUCAGAGAGAGUGUCUUGCAACCUAUGGUUGAUCUCAACUCCCACGGAUCCAGGGACGAAUUAGAAGCUUCUGUGGAUGUUAUCAAACCAAACCAGGACAGAAAAUUAACACUGGAGCAGCCUUGAACUUUGUCCGGACAAAUAUGCUGCGACCUGAGAAGGGCA